AUGAGCUUGACAACAACAUACGAUCCAGCUUUUGCCUCGGCAGGCACCUCGCUCGCUCCUGUGCAAGAUGGCGACGGCGAUGCUAUCAUCUCGGGAAAGGCCGCAAGGGCGAGCAUACCGAAUCUCGCAGAUCCCAACCACCCAGCAGCGUUGACCCCACUGCGCGCUCAUUAUCUCAAAAAGACGCUCAUUCGCCUGCAGAUGGAACGAGAGGUUGCUCAGCUAAGCACCAAAGAUGCCCUCUCCACCUUCGGCCCACCUUUCCGAGCCUCGCCUGAGGCUCGACGGACGGAUCUGCCCUUGCUACGCUUCAUGUUCCAACACUUUGUCCUCACCUUUCCCUUUCUCAGAUCAGCCCCACCCAACUUCUUCGCAGACAAAGUGCAGGUUUUCUUUGACAAAUUCCUCGAGCGGAAUAUCAGCAGCACCGAAGACAGAGACGAGUCGACAAAGCGACGAAGACUCACCACCAAACUCGAAAAGUACUUUGUGCUUCUCAUUGGCUCUGCUAUCAAGGUCAAAGGUAUUGGCGAGGAUGUUGUUCGCAUCUCUGAGCACGAUCGCGUCAGGAUGGACGCUGUUGAACUGCGUCGCAAGGCUGCACUAGGUAGGGCCGCCGGCGCAUCUCCAAGAGGCGAAGAAGAUGCGGGCUCGUCGUCUGGCUUCGAUAUCAAUGUCGUUUCCGUUCGCAACGUGAUCACAAAGGGCAGGCUUCGCAGUCGUGCGCACGAAGAGUUUAUCAUCCGCACACGCCGAGGCUACGGACAACCGGACAUCUACGUCUCUCGUCGUUACGGCGACUUUGAGAGGCUCGCAGACUCUCUCAAAGUCGAAUAUCCAGACGAGGGCAUCCGUCCACCACCGCCGAAGGAUCGAAGCAACACAGAUGUGGCUGAUCCGUAUCGAAGGGAACCUGCCAGCUCAUCCCAACCUGCCACUCCGCUUCCUGAUGGAAGUGAUGCGGCUUGUUCACGAGCAUCGACAGAGUCCAACAGCUCUCAGACGCGCAUUCCGAUACCUACUGGCCCACUCGCCAGAGAAAAGAAUCGUCUCACCCUGCGAGCGUAUCUGCGCUCUCUCCUUGCAAGUCCCUCUGUAGCUGAAAGCGCUUUGCUUAUGGACUUUCUCACGGCAGAGCCUACAACACUCAGCCGAGCUGAGGAGGAAGACGCUGCCAUUCGGGAAGGUCUCGAUCAUGUCCGUGAAGAGGAACACAAACGCUUCUCGGACGAAGCUGCCAAGCGCGCUCAGGAGCUGCAACGGCAUCUCAAGGACUUCAAACAGGACUUGGUCCAGCAUGAUGGUCUCACGCGCAUUUUUGCUACCGUCAAGUCGACCCCUCGCAUUGAAGACCUUCCGGAAAAGUACAAGGCACUGCUCAAGUGGGCGCGCAUCAGUCUUGCUUCCACCAUCUUUCACAUCUUCAUGGGCAGCGACAACUCUUCCGAGAUCUUUUCGCAGAUGAAGCGUAUGCACGGUAUGAUGCCCUACUUUAUGCUGCGUGGCAUUCUUCGCAUCUCCAAUCCCAUGGCCAUGGUGCGAGGCGUACUCGACAUCUUUCUCGCGCAGCCCUUUGGUCAACGCAGUCUUCUCCAGCGCAUGUUCUCCAGCAGCCUCCAAGAUGAGGUGCGCGAGCUCGAUGAAGUGUGCGCCGCCAUCUCUGCCAAGGUCGACGAUCCUGUCAUUUGCGAAAAGGUGCGUCAGUUUGUAUAUGCGCCUGCCGAGAUUCAAGCCCUGUACCGCAAGGUUGCCGAAGACGAGCGUUUGGAUCUGCUCACUGCUAUCCUCCGCUCGCCCGAGGCACCUGCGCUCGGCCGGCCGCAAAUCCAUCGAGUCGUCAAGGCGAGCCAAGCGUACGAAGUUUACAAGGAGUAUCGUAGAGGCCUCAAAAACCCAGAUUUGGAAGACGAGGGUCCGCAGGACGACGAUGCCUGGUUGUAUGAAGACUUGCAUGUGCUCAUCAAGAUGUUGACGCGUAAGCGUGACAAAGAGCAAAUGAUCUCGCUCAUCUUUGAAGGCGUCACUGCUGAGCUGCUCAAGGACAUGGUCACCAUCUUUUACUCGCCGCUCGCCCAGGUAUACAAGCUCGCCAAUAUCGCCGACAGCUUGUCAGAUCUUCAAGCCUUUAUCACAGAUCUCAUCAAGACAGUUGAAGCCAACGAAGAGCUCAGCUACACUGACCCGACACGCACUGUUCAAGUGUUUGUUGAUCUGGUGGAGAGACAUGAGGGCCGCUUCUACAACUUCGUCCAUCAGGUGCACUCCAAGGGUUCGGGCCUGUUUGAUGGGCUCAUGCAGUGGAUCGAGCUGUUCAUCAACUUUGUCCGCGGCAACGAGCGGUCAGCAGAGGCGGUCUCACUGCAGACAUCUAGCGAAUCUGAUCAAGCAGUAGGCAAGCUCGGAGGCAUCGGGGAGGUCGAUCUCGAGAUCUGCUUGCCUGCAGGAGGUGAAGAGCGGAGAAAGGCGCUCGACGAGAUCGACUCGCUGGUGUUAUAUGCGUAUCGACUCAAAUUUUUGCGUGAACUCAAGCUGCGUCGCAAGCUAGCAGAUCGCGAAGUUGCCGGUGUUGCAGGCAAGCUGAUGGGGGCAGACAAGAAACGCAGGCCUGAUGGGCUGACGGAGGAAGACGACUCGGCUUUUGUCGGUGCCAUGGUCGAGAAUCUGGGCGUUGGCGACAUAUUUACCGGAGAGGUAGCAGACGCCGAGGCAGAAGAAGACGAGUUGGAGACUUCGGACGAAGAGAAUUCGGACGACGAGUUCGGCGGGCAUAGCAGGGAAGAUACAAGCAGUAGACAUCGAAUGCGCACCUCCUCCAUGAGCGAAAGCGAAGUGUCUGCAGAGGACAUUGACGAACAAGUGCGAUGGAGACCUACACCGUCUCGCCAGGCAACGCUGACACCUGGCAGCCUGAAGCAGCUGGACAAAGACCUUCCGUCGUUGCCUCAGGAGGCCUUAACCCACGCCGCCGGCACGGAAAAGAGCCGCAAGCGUCGCAAGAUCCCAGCCCCCAAAGCACCCGAGCUAAAGGUGCUACCCGAGAUGCUGCCUCUGUUUGUCGAGAUGGUGCGACCUCUACUACGACCCGCAAGGACUGCUAGUGCUUCCAGUUACCGAUCUGCGAGCUACGAUCCUUAUACCCCUUUGCAGCAGCAGCGUCCGGGUCAAGCAAUCGCACCUCAACUACCGCCGUUGGCAACAACAGACGAAGGGCUGGCGAACAAUAUGCAGGAUCUGGAUCUGACUUCGACGUUGUCUCCUACGUCAUAUGUCUCUUCGCCAUUUGCCCCUGGCGUCGCAGACGGCGGCUCAAGUCGACAGGAUUCGCGAACCGAUCGGCUCCCCGGCGAGUAUCACUGGUGA